UAAAUGUCGAGAGGGCACGGCCAGCGGCACUCAUGCUGCAGCCUUGAGCCGUCCCGCGUCCCCCUCUCGAGCUCCCUCUGGUCGACUUUGGAGGCGGGCGGGCAAGAGCUGCUGAGGCCAUGCUGCUGAAACAUUACCUCCUCUUGCUGGUGGGCUGCCAAGCCUGGACUGUAGGCUUGGCCUACUAUGGCUGCCCGAGUGAGUGCACCUGCUCCAGGGCCUCUCAGGUGGAGUGCACGGGGGCACGCAUCGUGGCAGUGCCCACGCCUCUGCCCUGGAAUGCCAUGAGCCUGCAGAUUCUCAACACACACAUCACCGAACUCAGUGAGUCCCCAUUCCUCAACAUCUCGGCCCUCAUUGCCCUGAGGAUCGAGAAGAAUGAGCUGUCACACAUCAUGCCUGGUGCCUUCCGCAACCUGGGCUCGCUGCGCUACCUCAGCCUCGCCAACAACAAGCUUCAGGUUCUGCCCGUCGGCCUCUUCCAGGGACUGGACAACCUGGAGUCUCUCCUUCUGUCUAGUAACCAGCUGGUGCAGAUCCAGCCCGCCCAUUUCUCCCAGUGCAGCAACCUCAAGGAAUUGCAGCUGCAUGGCAAUCACCUGGAAUACGUCCCCGAUGGCGUCUUCGACCACCUGGUGGGACUCACCAAGCUCAAUCUGGGCAAGAACAGCCUCACCCACCUCUCACCCAGGGUCUUCCAGCACCUGGGCAACCUCCAGGUGCUCCGGCUAUAUGAGAAUAGGCUCUCGGACAUCCCCAUGGGCACUUUUGAUGGGCUUAGCAACCUCCAGGAGCUGGCCCUCCAGCAGAACCAGAUCGGCAUGCUCUCACCUGGCCUCUUCCACAACAACCGGAACCUGCAGAGGCUCUAUCUGUCCAACAACCACAUCUCCCAGCUGCCUCCCGGCAUCUUCAUGCACCUGCCCCAGCUCAACCGACUUACACUCUUUGGGAACUCCCUGAAGGAGCUCUCCCCAGGGAUUUUUGGGCCCAUGCACAACCUGAAGGAGCUCUGGCUCUAUGACAACCACAUCACUUCUCUACCCGACAACAUCUUCAGCAACCUCCACCAGUUGCAGGUCUUGAUCCUUAGUCGAAACCAGAUUAGCUUCAUCUCCCCGGGUGCCUUCAAUGGACUGACAGACCUGCGAGAGCUGUCCCUCCACACCAAUGCCCUGCAGGACCUGGAUGGGAAUGUCUUCCGCAUGUUGGCCAACCUGCAGAACAUCUCUCUGCAGAACAACCGCCUCCGACAGCUCCCAGGGAAUAUCUUCGCCAAUGUCAACGGUCUCAUGACCAUUCAGUUGCAGAACAACCAGCUGGAGAACCUGCCCAUGGGCAUCUUUGAUCACUUGGGGAACCUGUGUGAGCUUCGGCUGUAUGACAACCCCUGGAGGUGCGACUCAAGCAUCCUUCCGCUCCGCAAUUGGCUCCUGAUCAACAAGGGUAGGUUAGGGACAGACACUCUCCCAGUGUGUUCCAGCCCAGCCAAUGUUCGAGGACAAUCCAUCAUCAUCAUCAAUGUCCCUGGCCCCAGUGUUCCGGCCCCAGCCAUCCCUGAGGUUCCCAGCUACCCCAGCUACCCAGAAACACCACGGUACCCAGACGCACCACGGUACCCAGACGCACCCCGGUACCCAGAUGCUCCGCGGUACCCAGACGCACCCAGCUAUCCUGACACACCCAGCUAUCCUGACACCACAUCCACCUCCUCUACAACUGAGAUCACUAGCUCUGUAGAUGACUACACUGAUCUGACCACUAUUGGGGCCACAGAUGACCGCAAUACUUGGGGCAUGACCCAGCCCCAAAGUGGGUUGGCCAUUGCCGCCAUUGUAAUUGGCAUUAUUGCCCUGGCCUGUUCCCUGGCUGCCUGCAUCUGCUGCUGCUGCUGCAAGAAAAGAAGCCAAGCAGUCCUGAUGCAGAUGAAGGCACCCAAUGAGUGUUAGGAAGGCAGGCUGGAGCAGGGCUCAGGAAAGGAGAGACGGGAGCAUCUAGGAAUGUGAGCAUUCUGCCUCCACCCUUGGGUCCACAGAGCCAGGCUCUCAGGGCUCUUUCCAGGCCUUAGAGAGAGUUGCCCCACCUUGUCCUGACCUGCCUGAUUCUUCUGUGGAGAAGCAGGUCUCACAGGACAUUCUUACCACCAGGGAGAUCACAUGGCUGUAGAAAAGCCCCUGGAAAAUUUCCUAUUCAUAUGCUUGGGUUUCGCUCAGAGGGGCCUUCCCCCAAAUCCUCACCACCUUUCCUUCAAGAACAACUUUCCCUGCACCCAGGCCCCCUCCUGGCCUCUGUAGACUCAGUGGUGAGAAAACCUGCUCACUUUGUGGGAACAGUUCUCCACCAGGACAGCCCCUCUCCUCAGAGUAUUAUGUAAGUUGAUUUCCCUUCUUUUGCUUCUCUUGUUUGUGCCAUGGCUUAACCCUGUCCCCUCAGAUGGAAGUUCUCCCCUUAAUUUUCUGAUCCUGAAGGCAGGGUGAGUUCUCUCCUCAAAGAAGGCUUCAAAUCAUUUAGCUGGUUUCUUAAGACCUGCAGACCCCCCGGCUUGGAGGAUGUUGUGAAAGAAAGAACGAAUCCCAUACUGCUCAAUUCCUGGACAUACAUUUACCAUCGGAUCUCUCUUGUGAUUUUUGUCUAGAAAAGAAAGACACACGUGCAACAAACUCAGCCUUGUAGAGGAUGAUAAUUCCAAACUACAAAGUUUGCUUGGCAAUUUUUAGUCCUUUGUGGAAUAAAAUCGUGAAGAAUUUUUGACUUCUAAAACCAUUUAAUUUGUAAAAUCAGCUUAUUGGUACUGAGUGGAGAAAGAAACCUGGUGUCUGGGGCUAGGGGUUUUCUUUUCGAUUUUUUAAAAUUGAAGUAUAAUAUACGUACAGAAAAGUGGGAGCGUGAUAAUGUACAUCCAUGUGAUCAGUGUCAAAUCAAGAACAGAGCAUCACCAGUAUCCCCAAACCCAAGCUUUUACUGAAGGACUGGGACAUCUGAAGAUGACACGGACUUACCUGGAUUCUUACCAGGGGCCUCACUGCCCCCAGCUCCAUGGCCAGCUGUUGCAAAGGCCCAGCUGCCAGGAUGACAAAGAUGUGAUAUGGACAGCACAGGAGACUGGCCUGGAGAGGAAUCUUAAUAAACCCUGAGAUCUGGAGGGACCCAGGCUUGCCAGGUCAGAAGUGUCCUAACUACAGUGGCCCAUGCAACCACAGUGUCUUCCCUGCUGAUAAGCUGCAGGUCAUUGGAGGUUCCUUGUCUGGCCCCUUUUAUGGGCAUGAUAUGCCUAUAUCUGUUUUUAAUUCACUUUCCAUUUGGGGGAAAU